AUACACACACGCACACGCCAACUAUUCUUGGUGCCACGACGAAAACAACGAGAUAAAUGUCAAAAAAAAAAACACUAAAACAUCUCUAAAAAAUAAAAGUUGUAACAAGUUGUAAAAUGGUUGAAAAAAGUAAAACAAUUGACGAUAAAUAUUCAAUACUUUUGCCAACUUAUAAUGAGGUAGAAAAUUUACCAAUAAUUGUUUGGCUUAUUGUUAAAUAUCUCGAAGAAUCUGAUGUACCAUUUGAAAUAAUAAUAAUUGAUGAUGGUUCACCAGAUGGAACCCAAGAUAUUGCCAAAAAACUCCAAAAACUUUAUGGAGAUGACAAAAUAUUAUUAAAACCCAGAGAAAAAAAACUUGGUCUUGGUACAGCAUACAUUCAUGGAAUAAAACAUGCAACUGGAAAUUUUAUUAUUAUUAUGGAUGCUGAUUUAUCACAUCAUCCUCAAGCAAUUCCAGAGAUGAUAAAGGAACAAAAAAAAUGUGAUUUUGAUAUUGUAUCAGGAACAAGAUACAGUGGUGGAGGUGGUGUUUAUGGCUGGGAUUUUAAAAGGAAGCUUAUCAGUCGUGGUGCUAAUUUUUUAACUCAAAUAUUACUUAGACCAGGUGUCAGUGAUCUCACUGGAAGUUUUAGGCUCUACAAAAAAGAUGUUUUACAAAAGUUAAUUGAUGCUUGUGUAUCAAAAGGCUAUGUAUUUCAAAUGGAAAUGAUUGUACGAGCUAGACAGUUCAAUUAUACAAUUGGCGAAGUACCAAUAUCAUUUGUCGAUCGUGUUUAUGGUGAAUCAAAACUAGGUGGCUCAGAAAUAAUACAAUUUGCAAAAGGCCUAUUAUAUUUAUUUGCAACAGCCUAAGAAAACAUUAUUUUUUUUCAAUCAAUAAUAGCUUAUAAAUCAAUACUUCAAGGUUUAUUCAAACGACAAAAUAUCGAGUCAAACAUUCCACCAAUUGUAUAUACUAUCAAGUAUUUGUAAAAAAAAAAUUUAUAUUAAAAAAUCAAAAUUACUUAUAAAAAGUUUAUAAAACUAAAAAAUACUUGAAAGAAAUGUUAAUUUUUAUAAGUUUAAUUUACUUAAAUUAAAUAUUUAAAAUACUUGAAAUAUUCCACGUGUUUAACCACGUGUUUUUUUUUAGAAAAAGUCCAAUAAUUACUCUACAAGCUAAUAUUAACUUGCAACCCUCCCAACAAUAUACCGCACCCUUUUGACGUACUCCCCUACACAGCUUCCACAUUCUAUAUUGAUCCAAAAACAUGCAGUUUAUAUUUUGACACAGAUUCAAAGAAAAUUGCCUCACCCAUUUCAGGACAAUUCCACUCCUAGUCUUUGCCAUCAUGACGAUCCCUAAAAAAUGAAAGAAAAAAAAAAAACAAAAGCAUUAAAAGCUAUUUGUUAUUCACCCCAAUUAGCUCAACAUGUUUAUGGAAAAAAAAAUAGACCAAAUAAUAUUUUAUAUCAUCAUAAAAUAGGGUGAAUUGAUGGAAAAAAAAAUCAAUUAAAAAAGAAUAGUCUGAUAUAAAAAAAGAAAUUAUCACAGGGGAAUAUGAGAGAGUAGAGCUGAGUCUAUCGAGUGAUGUGCGAUUGGAUGAUAUAAA